AUGCUGGGAGUGGAUGUGUGUGAGUUUGGGGGUCAGGUGCUGGAGCUGCUGUGGCUGACUAUGUGCUACAGAGGUCUGGUUGCUGACAAGAAGGAUUUAGCCAUCGAGGAGGAAGUGGACGAGAGAAACCUCAACUAUAAUCCUCCGGCUCAGAAGACUCUGCAGGAGAUCCAGGACCUGGACAAGGACGACGAGAGUCUGGUCAAGUACAAGCAGACCCUGCUGGGGAUGGGACCACUGGCAGGAGACGUCUCUGGGCCGAAUGUCUGUGUGACCCGGAUGACCCUGUUAUGUGACCAGGCUCCUGGACCCAUCACCAUGGACCUGACAGGAGACCUGAACUCUCUGAAGGAGAAGAACUUCUCUGUGCAGGAAGGAGCGAGAUACAGACUAAAGAUUCACUUUAAGGUGAACCGAGAAAUUGUUGCUGGCUUGAGGUACCAUCAUGUGACCUCCAGAAAAGGAGUAAAAGUGGACAAGGUGUCGUACAUGGUGGGAAGUUACGGCCCAAAGCCAGGAGAGUACGAGUAUCUCACCCCGGCUGAGGAAGCUCCCAAAGGCCUGAUGUCACGUGGCCACUAUCAGAUCAAAUCCCACUUCAUCGACGACGACAAGAAUGUCUUCUUGUCCUGGGAGUGGAACCUCGACAUCCUAAAGGACUGGAACGAAUAG